AUGGUGCAGAGAAAGCUGAGCCUCCAAGUCCACCAUGCUCAAACCCAAAGCUUCCUGCACCACCACGACGCCGCCAAGAGCCCCCGCGGCGCCGACCUCAAGGCCAAGAAGAUGAAGAAGUCGGGGCCCAUCAAGCGCCCCAAACCAACGCCUGCAACUCCGCCGCCACUGCUCUGCAAAACGACGCCCAACUACAUGAAGUCCACCACGAGCUCCGACGCGAGAAAGGAGCAAUCAUCACAGUCGAAGUCGAGCUCACCAUCCCCUAAAAGGGCUGACGAAGAAGCGGCUGAUGCAAAGAGAGCGACGUGCUCCUCCACCUUGAAAGAUUCCAAGUUUCCUGCCUUUCUCUCUCUUAACCCCAGCGGCCACUCUGCGGUGAAGGUCUGCCCCUACACCUACUGCUCGCUCAACGGCCACCACCACCCGCCGCUCCGCUCCUUCUUGUCCGCCGCCAGGCGCGCCCGAGCUCCGCCUACUCCAGAUGACGAUGAUCAGGAUUUCUUCGUUGAAAUCUACAUGCCGCAGGAUCCAGAGGAAAGAGUUUCUGAGGAUUUCUCGCAGGAUUCCUUUGAUGGAUCUGAUAUGGAUUGGGAGACGCUUCUGCAAUAUGAUUAUGAAGCAAACGCAGCCCAACUCAAAGACGACGCUUCAGAUGGCUGCUGCGAUGAGGUUGUUAUGAUGGAUGAAGCCGCGCAGGAGUCCAUUGAUGAAGAUGGUGGCUUCAACUCGGAUAGCGAUGAUGCCGAAUCCACUCAAGAUGAUCACCAAAUUUCAUCACUUAUUCAACAACAAGGAGAAGAAGAAGAAGAAGAAGAAGAUGAAGAAGGAGACGAAGAAAAUUACAACAAGACUCCAACCAAAACUGAUGCUCAAGGCCAACAAGAAGCUGCUGUUCCAUUUGAUGAUCUGAACGAGGAGGCGUCUGGUGAAGCUGCACGAGAAGAUGCAGAGGACAUCGUUGCCUUGCUCCGGUUUGCAGGCAGCUCGAAGAAGCUGGUGGAGGAUGGUGAUGAAGUUGGGGGUUUCAAUCCACGGGCACCGAAUUUCCUGGCGGUGGAGGCAGACCCUGAAGCAGAGAGAGUUGAUCUGAAGCAUCAAGAUGUUGAUGAAAGGAGGAAUUCAGAAGAAUGGAUGGUGGAUUAUGCACUCAGACAGGUGGUCACGAAGCUCGGCCCUGCUAAAAAGAGGAAAGUUGCUCUGCUAGUUGAGGCAUUUGAGAAGGUCAUGCCAUUGCCACUGCCACCUACCAAAUUUGAUCUCCACUUGAGCUAUGCUUCACCCUUCAAUCAGCCAAGGCCGAUGCAGGCGUGCAACUGAUCACCAUUGCAGAAGAUUUUAUCCUAUCCCACGUCGACUCUAUGUUGAACAAUCAAAGUAUGCUGCAAGAUUACUUAGGGCGAUCGCGUGAUGCUGCCUAAGUUUGUUUCUGUGUUUUGUUUCCUUUUUAUCUUAGAGACAGAAUCUGGUGUGACCUUGAGCUACUUGUGUGUUGUUUAUCAACUGAUGUUUGCUGGUUUUUAGUAAACUCCGAAUCCAGUCGCUCAGUUGAACUAAAUCUAUGGUUUGUGGAAGAUUUAAACACAUGAUUACUCU